AUGCUGGAACAGCCGAUCCAGCUGUGCAGCGUCUGCGCCUCGAUGAAGCCCAGAGACACAUGUCUCCACCCGCAGCAGCAGAGAACAGAGCUUCAUGCUGCAGCCAAGUUCCUGACCCAGGAUCAGAUUAAUGAGUUUAAGGAGUGUUUCUCUCUGUACGACCGUCAGCGGAAAGGGAAGAUUGAAGCCCAGGAGCUGAUCACAGUGAUGCGAUGCCUUGGGUCAAAUCCCACCCCCUCCGAGGUCCACCGACACCUGCUGAGCCACAACAUAGAUUGGGAUGGAGAGCUGGACUUCUCCACCCUCCUGAGCAUCAUGCACCGGCAGCUCCAGCAGGAGGCGCCGGAGGAGGAGAUCCUGGAGGCCAUGAGGAUGGCCGACAAGGAGCAGAAAGGCUUCAUCCUGGUGUCGGAGCUGAGAGCCAAACUGACCGGGCUGGGAGAGAAGCUGAGUGAUCGAGAGGUGGACGAGCUGCUGAAGGAGGCGGGUGUCGGAGCUGAUGGGCGGGUCCAUUGCGAGCAGUUCGCUAAAGCGGUGACUCGCUCGUCUGCAAAGCGCUGA